AUGUUAUCUGCAGGCUCUCUCCCUCUGUGACUGUGCAGCUUGUCCUGCCCCUUCAUCAUAUCCAAACUGAUCGUCUGUACUUUGGCAGAAUAGUGUUCUGUGAGAAUCGGGCAUGUAUGUAUCACAAACUCCACCACAAACCACAGUUCAGUCACACGGCCGUCUGUAACAUCCUCAUUAUUCGCUGCUGUAUGUCGCUGAGUCUCCAUCUGCGGCUGUCAGCUUCGACAGCACUCUGGAACCAUGAUGCAGACUUCUGUUCACAGAAGGUACCGUGGGAACCUGGAUUUCCUGUGAAAACUAGUUGCUUUCACUUUCACUCAGACGACUUAAUGUGUGGCUCUACAUCUAACGGUCGAUCUCGCAGUUUUCACUGUCGAUCCCUGAACUCUCUGGACUCACUGUGUGUGAUUCCUGUUCUUCACACGCUCUGUGUGUCUACUGCUGGCGACGGACUUGCAGUGAAAAGAUGCCAUGGAGGAGAACUAAGAGCUGGUGGUUUUGGCUGAUGCUGUUCCUCAUGAUGGUAACAUUAAUGUUCAUAUUCCACUAUUCAACCACGGAAGUAUUAUGGCCUUUGAGGAGAAGCUCGGAAUCUUGCAACAGUUUAACGACAGCCAACGAUUUCUUUCCGGCAUACCCACACCCAUAUCGUUUCAUAGUGGACGAGCCACACAGAUGUCGUCAGGAAAGACCAUUCUUGGCUCUCAUGAUCCCAGUAGCCCCCCAUAACAGAGGGGCCCGUGAUGUCAUCCGUAAGACAUGGGGCAAAAACACCACAGUGCAGGGCCACGUGGUCAGCUACUACUUCCUGCUGGGACUGUCCGCAGAGGGAGAAGGGUCCGAGGUCCUUGAGGAGCAACUGUUAGCGGAAAGCCGGCGACAUCAUGACAUACUCCAGAGUGACUUCUUGGACAGCUACAAAAACCUCACCAUUAAAACCAUGGUGAUGUUUGAAUGGCUCAACUCCCAUUGCCCCGACACCUCCUACGCCAUGAAGAUCGACGCGGACAUUUUCCUAAAUGUUCACAACCUUGUCUUUAUGCUUAUGACGGCCCCCCGACAUCUCUUCAUGACUGGACGCGUGGCGUGGGGCUCUGCUGUUCUUCGAGACCAUGACUCAAAAUGGUGCAUGCCUGUGUCUGCCUUCCCCGAAUCAACAUACCCACCGUAUGCCUUGGGACUGGGCUAUGUGUUCUCAAUGGAUUUACCCAUUAAGAUACUGGAAGCCUCGCUGCAGAUUAAAGCUAUUUACCUUGAAGAUGUGUACGUGGGACUGUGCAUGAGACAUCUGGGGGUCACACUAACAGAUCCUCCUCAUAGUGGCUUGUUCAGGGUAUCAAUACCUUUUUUUGCCGGCAGCUGUUACUGGAGCUCUGUCAUUACAUCAAUGCUAGAGGACUCUGACCAGCUUCAGGAUGUUUGGGAAAUAUAUCAGACUCAAGUACUAAAUGGCUGUUAAAUCUUUCUGCUGCACCCGCAUCACACUGUUGCAUAGAGCCGCUGUUACUCUGUCUACAAUCUCAAGUUACUGCCCUGAUGAUGUUUUGAUCAUCGUUUCUUGAUACCAAGACUGUUAAGAUCCCUGCGAUCUAAGACAUUUUCCCUUGUGCCUCCUGCAUGUGCUUUGUUAUGCCAUGUGUUUCCCCCUGUUUAAUUAUUUCGUCAUGUGCUUGUCGUGUUUGGGUUGUCAGGCCAUGUGCGUUCUGUCAUUGUCCGGAGACUCCGCCCUCUGCUGCUUCCGGCCUUUUCUCCCUCAGGUGUUCCCUAGCAUCACCCUGAUUGUUUGCCUGAUUUGUUCACCUGUGUCUUGUCUCUGGUCCCCCUUCUAUAUAAGUCCAGUCUUUCUGUCGUCCCCUGUCGGAUUGUUAGCGUUUGUCUGUGCGAAGCUACGCCAGCAUUCUGCAUUUUUCGAACUCUGUUUACCUGGUUUACCUGGUAUGGUAUUAGACUAUUAGACUCUGAUUUUUGAUUCUCUGUGUUUUUCCCUUUUUGGAAUUCUGUUUUGCCGGUUAUUGACUUGGACUUUCUAUUUUGAAAAAGUGUUUGUUUGCGAUUGGGUCCUUACUGUGAGAAAGCCUAACAGUUACUCUGUUUACAGUCUCAAGUUAAAGCCUUGAUGAUGUUUGGAUCAUCGUUUUUUGAUACCAAGACUGACUCAGACUUGAGGCUAAGCUAAAUUUGUUCACAUUUUAUAGGUUUGUAAAGAUUGCGCACAUGUUUUUGAAGAUAUUGAAAGAGUAAUUGUAAUAUUAAUGAUGGAGUACAUUUUUAAUUAAGCUGAAUUGAGCCAAGAAUCUACCUCACAGUGAAACUAUGAUCUUGUCUGCAUUUAAAGCCCCUUCAAAACAAGUGUAACAAUUCUCUUCUAUUUUAAAUGUAACUAUAAUGGCAUUAAAUAAAAAGUUUUAUUUGCAGGGGUUCAAAUAACAAAGUAUGUGGCAAGUGCACAAGUGCUGUUAACCACAGAAACCACACUUGAAAAAAGACAAGACUCACAUAAAUAUCUCCACAGCUGUUGCAGCUCUGAGGUUGUUUCCCCUAAAGGCCAAAUUAUAGUCGGGUUGCACGCACGCACGCAUGCACGCAAGACACACAACACGCCCCUUUCAUCCCCUCUGCGGGCUUGCGUGUGUCCGCCAAUUUUUCUAACUAAACGACAAAGCGACGCGAGCCUCACGCAGCCCGCAAGGCUUGUGAUUGGUCUGCUUACUACAUCCCGUCCGGAGUCUAGUUUCCGGUUUCAUGCCCCACAAUACGCGGAAAUCACGGAAGAUUUAGAAGAACGAAUAUGGACCAAAUAGAAGAGCACUUGGCAGAAGAGAUCCGAAAGUAUGACCACUUGCAUAACCCGUCACUGACUGGCCGAUUUGUCCGCCAGAAAUGGGCUAUGAGGAGCCGGAGUGGUGAUGUAAAUAAACAGUCGACGAAGAAGAAGACGUCUCUUCUUUGUGUGUUUUGUCUUUGAAAAAAAAACGUUACUCCGCCUAUGGUUCUGGCGGUGAAUUGCGUUGCAACACGCGCAGCACGUUAGAGAAGUAUAAACCAAAACGAGUCCGUCGAUGCAGCUGCGUGGCCUUCCGCGGUUGCAGUCGCAGGACUAUAAUUCAGCCUUAAAGCCUGAAACAUGCUUCUGCGUUUUCACGGGCCCGUAAGCGCAAGAGCCCUUCCGGGUCCCUUACGUGCUUAUGUAUCCUUCCUUACGUGCUGACGGGUGUCGACCCCCUUUUCUAAAGUUUACGGCAAAGCUCCGCAAGCUCACUCAGCCCGCAAGGCUGUGAUUGGUCUGCCCUACAUCCCUUCUGGAGCUGCAUUUCCGGUUUCAUGCCCCAUAAUACAGGCAGAAACAACGGGAGAUUUAGAAGAAUGAAUAUGGACCAAAUAGAAGAGCGUUUGGCAGAAGAGAUCCGAAAGUAUGUCCACUUGUAUAACCCGUCACUGACUGGCGUAUUUGUCCGCCUGAAAAUGGCUACAAGGAGCCGCAGUAGCUAUGUAAAUAAACAAUCGAUGAAGAAGAAAGAAGGCAUCUCUCAGGUCGUCUUCGACAAAAAGCAUUACUCCGCCUUGUGUUCAGGCGCGGAAUUGCUUUGUAAGACGCGCAACGGUUGGGGAAGCAUGAAUGACAACGAGUCUUGCGCCACAGCGGCGUGAAAAGACGCAGACGCAGUCGCAGAAGCAUGUUUCAGGCUUAACUCUCUGCCAACUGGUAGAUGCAGAAGGGGAAGAGAAUGCUGUGUGAUUGAGGCCCCCAGUGACAGGCUCAUACUCAGUCUACAUCUGGGGAGUCAGACUCAAUGGGCUCUAUCUUAUACCCGGUGCAAAAUGUCUCAGACAGAUGCAGUUGUCAAUUUCACCUAUUUGAGCUACCUGUUGCCGCAUUGCUAUCUGGAGAAAAUGGAAAACUAUUGUGAAAUUGUCCAACAAACACCUGGUCUGGAGUCAGUGGUACAAUAUUCUUCAGGUAUUUUCAGGGUGCAUUAUCGAGAUAGUAAUAUGUACCUACAGAGGAGGGUGCACAACAAGCGUACACAAACCGUCUAUGAGUGAGUGUUUGAUCUGCAGGGACAUGCUGUCUUAUACUACCUGUCUCAUCCCUUAUAAUUACAAUCUGCCAGGGUGCAAGGACAUUAGUAAAGGGAAUGAGAGAUGGCAAUCUGGUUGGUUUUUAUCACAUGCUAUGACCAAAACACACCCGUGAAGUAAAACCUCUAGAACCAUGUAUGAGGCGCAGCAUACUGUUUUUCCGAUGUUAAAGCUUGUAUAAGUUAAAUUCUAUGUAAUUCAUUAAAAUGCAGCCCAGUAUAGCCCACUGUUAAAAAGAUGGACAACAUAUCAACAUCAUUCAAAAACUGAAGCAAAAGCAUCUUGAUUGUCCCCUGGUGGCUGGCACAGUAAAGUUAAUAAACCCUGCAGGUUAACAGAUAUACUAAGGGAAAAAAUAUAUAUUUAUAUAAUUUUGAGCAAAAUAAAGUUGUUUCAUGCAUGAGUAAGAAUGAACUCCUCUGCUGGUUUAUUCAUGUUGCAACUAGGAAAUUCUUGAAAAUAGUAAGAGAAAAAAAACAGAUCUGACAGUGAAGUCAUGUAUUAUUGAUUGAUGGGAAGUACUAUCUCUCAGAUAACAUGUUCUGGAAUGUGAUUAAGUUGGGAACUUCUGAACUCUACAGCAUUUCUCUGAAAAUAAAUGUUGUAACCUAAUUAAGUAGAGUGAUUUCCUUUCGGAUACUUUUAUGAUGUCGGCCAUGAUACACAGCUCUAUAGAAGACAUUCCAAAUUAAACUGAGACUGCUAAAACUCUAGAUUCAAAUUCAUGUUUAAUUGGGGGAUUUAAAAGUAUAAUCCUGAUAGUAGUGCAAGUAACAGAGGAAUAUCUCUAACAUUUAGUCUUUUCCCUCAUAUAUAAAAACAGUUAGAGGUAUAUGUACAUUUUCGAUCUCAUCAGAGUAGGAUGUAUUGCACUACUGUUGUAUUAGACUGCAUUGUUUUCAGAAAAGUGACUGAACUGGCAACUGUGUGUGUUCCAAUAAUCAAAGCUAAGGUGUAAUUGCAAUUAAGCAAGGAACCAUUGUCAGGGACUUUCCCUGCAGUGACGGCAAAGUAAAUAUCUUGGAGCAUGAUGUGUGACCAUGAGGGGCUUGGUGUUACCUCUGAUAGUCCCCCACCUGUGCUCCGUACUUUGGGAACAGCGAAGAUACUGCUGCUGAAUCCGAUUGGUUUCAUUGCUUAGUUGGAGUCACAGUCCUUGUUUUUAUCUGCUUGGGUGUUGUGUAGGGAUGACAGUGUCACUCUGUCCAAUGCUUUAGUCCAGACUAGAAUGUCUCAAUUAUUGGAUGUAUUGCCAUGAACUUUUGUAUUCUUAUCUGUAAUUUUAUAAAACAUUAUAUGUAAUCAUUGUUUGUUCUCUGUGAAUUAUCUCUAAGAUAGUUGAAUGGGAAUAGUUGUUGUUUAAAACUGUGAUAAUUAAUUUGUAAUCAUUUAUUCAAAGAAUAUAUUUAACAUGAAGGUUUCACUUAUUGUCAUUUAAAUAAUCUGUAUAAACUGCAUCAACUGACUCAGCUCUAAAGCGUCUUCUAACUCACUUUCUUAUGGCCAAAACAUUCAUUCAAACUCUGUUUCCCAGACACAGUAGGCGGCUACAAUGGUGAAAAGCUAAACAGUACCAACUGGGUUCAUGCUAAAGCUAAAGAGGAGACCAGAAGAUCAGCAGUAAAUGUAGUGAGUGAAUUGUCUACUAUACAUGGUCGUCAGAAACACAACUUCAAAUUAAUGCUCAUAUUUCCUGUAUCAUCUGUGUAAAUGCUGACAGUAACUUGUUGCCAAUAUAUGUGUCUCGUAUGCAGAGUAUUAAUAUGUGCCUGAAGGGUCCACACAGAUCCAAUCAAUAGAAGAUAGAAAAGGAGAAAAUAUAAAAAGGGAUGGUAGCCACCCAUCAAUCUGA